AUGUCGUACUUUUCGUCCUCUAUCUUAUUUUGUUCAAAUUUUCUUUCGUUUAUUACUGUUAUAUUUUUAACAUUUUUUCCUUCAAACUUUUCCCCCCGUUCCUUUCUUCCUCCUCCUAUUCGGCAUUCUUCUUUUUUUAAUUUUAUUCCUUCACAGAUUUUCUCUCUGUUCAGCUUUCCAUCGCUUAUAUGCUUCUUCUUCUCUGACUUUUUCUUUUCUUUCCCUUUUCUUCAUAGUUCUUGUCUUUUCUUCAAUCUUUUCAUUCGUUUGCUUUCUUCUUCUUCCUCUUCUUCUUCUUCUUCUUCUUCUUCUUCUUCUUUCCCUUUCCUUCACAGUUUUUGUCUUUUUCUUCAUUCUUUGCAUUUGUUUGCUUUCUUCUUCUUCUUCUUCUUCUUCUUCUUCUCUUUCGCCUUACUUUCUUUCCCUUUCCUUCACCGUUUUUGUCUUUUUCUUCAUUCUUUUCAUUCGUUUGCCUUCUUCUUCUUCUUCUUCUUCUUCUUCUUCUUUUUCUUCUUCUUCUUCUUCUCUUUCGCCUUUCUUUCUUUUCCUUUCCUUCACAGUUUUUGUCUUUUUCUUCAUUCUUUUCAUUCGUUUGCCUUCUUCUUCUUCUUCUUCUCUGACUCUUCCGCCUAUCUUUUCUUUCCCUUUCCUUUCCUUCCCUAUUUUCGCCUUUCCUUCAUUCUUUUCAUUUGUUUCCUUCUUCUUCUUUUUCUUCUUUUCUUCUUGAUUUCUACCUUCUAUUCUACCCGCAUUCGAUCGAUCGCUUCUACCCUGUCCUGCUUCUUUCGUCUGCUAUUUCCUCCUCCCAUUAUAUCGUUUAUUUAA